GAAAUUCGAUCGAGUCGCGCGAGCACCGCGGAGAGCGCAGAAGGAGCCAUUUAGCGAUCGCGAUUUAUUAUUAUUAUUAUUAUUAUUAUUUUAUUAUUAUUAUUAUAAUGACCUGGUCCACUAGCCUGUUGUUGUGCGCGUGUGCGUUGCUGAUCGGUGCCGACGCGAUCGGCAAGUACAAGGGCCUGGAGUUUUUGGAGCCGUGCUCCAAGAGGGACCAUAAUCUCGAGAGCUGUCUCGCGAGGUCGGCGAACGCCCUCACCGAACAUUUCCGUCACGGUCUGCCUCAGCUGGGCUACACAGAAGUCGAGCCGAUCGUUCUCGACGAGCUGCACAUCGCGCUGGGCGGCGGGUCCGACGGCUACAGGGCCCAGUUCAAGGACAUCGCCGCGAGAGGAGUUUCCACGCUGCGGGUAACUGGUUUAAGGGCGAGGCUGUCGGACGACGAGGUGCAAUUGCAAUUGGCGCUCAGCAUUCCGAAGAUCCGGGCCGCGGCUAAAUACAGAUCCAGCGGCACCUUGAUCCUGGUGAAAGCCAGCGGCGCCGGCGAUUAUUGGGGAGAGUACGAGGGCGUCAAGGCCAAAGUCUUUAUCAGAGCGAAGCCGUUCCUGGCCCAAGGCCGCCGUUAUUUGAGGCUGCAGCAGCUCAAGAUGGACUUCAGCGUGCAAAACAUCAGAAUGGGCGUCGAGAACGUUCGCGACAGCAAUUCGAUAAUACUUGCUGCACUGAACCUGUUCAUUAACACGAACAGCCAGGAGCUGUUGAAAGAGAUGAAACCAGAUCUCAGACGGAAGUUGGUCCAAGUGAUGACGACCUUCGUCGAGAAGAUCUUCGCGCAAGUGCCGUACGACGCCUGGAUCACCGAUUAGGAUCCGCGGCCGCGGCGGAUCUCGCUUCUCGGCGAUGUCAUGGACGAAUUCGCGCUCGUCGUGUUCUUUUUUUUUGGAAAGAAGACCUCGCGCUUCCAUUUUCCAGCGAUAGAACGGUCGACCUGGUAACCGGUCGCGACCACGAAAGUGAUAAAGGGUUAAUAGUUGAUAGGUUAAUAGGUUAAUAGGUUAACAUAAUGACUCUUUGCACUCGAAGUCGAAUUAACGCAAAAUUUAAAAUAGCUUUUUUGUGAUCCACGGUUUUUCUAUUUUAUGCGACCUGGUGCAUUCUAUGCGCAUGAAAUUUAGGCAAAUUUGAUUAAUUUAUGAUGAAAUAUUAAUAUUGAAGUAUUAUU